UAUCGGCAUUAGCCAAUUUUUGUCACUAUAAAUUACGGUGAUUUUCCCAAUGUUUUAGUCGGUCCUUGUUUGAAAGCUAUUGUAAAAUAAAUUUGGUAUUUGUAAGUAAAAGAAGAAGAGAAAACAAAGGAGAUUUUGCCAUGGCUGAAGAAACUGGAUGUUGCAAGGCUGCAGGACCAGGAUAUGGGACUCCAUUGGAAGCCAUGUCUGGUCCUAGAGAAGCUCUAAUUUAUGUUACUUGUGUUUAUACUGGAACUGGAAGAGAGAAGCCUGAUUUUCUGGCGACAGUUGAUGUAGAUCCAAACUCACCUACUUAUUCUAAAGUUAUACACAGGCUAUCUGUGCCAUAUAUAGGUGAUGAACUGCAUCACUCAGGGUGGAAUGCAUGCAGCUCUUGCCAUGGAGAUCCAUCAGCAGAACGACGUUUUCUGAUCCUGCCUUCAUUGGUAUCUGGUCGUAUCUAUGUGAUCGACACACAGAAGAAUCCCAAGGCUCCCUUGUUGCAUAAAGUGGUGCAGCCUGAGGAUAUCAUUAAGAAGACAGGCCUAGCAUAUCCGCACACAUCCCACUGCCUUGCCUCUGGAGAUAUAAUGGUGUCUUGUCUUGGUGACAAAGAUGGAAAUGCAGAAGGAAAUGGAUUUCUUCUCCUUGAUUCCGAAUUUAAUGUGAAAGGAAGGUGGGAGAAACCGGGGCAUAGUCCUCUGUUUGGCUAUGACUUUUGGUACCAACCUCGACAUAAAACAAUGAUCAGCUCAUCGUGGGGUGCUCCUGCAGCCUUCACCAAAGGUUUCAACCUUCAGCAUGUUGCAGAUGGUCUGUAUGGGAGACAUCUGUUUGUGUACAGCUGGCCUGAUGGUGAAUUGAAACAAACAUUGGAUCUUGGUGACACUGGUCUCAUACCCUUAGAGAUAAGAUUCCUGCAUGAUCCCUCUAAAGAUACAGGGUAUGUUGCGUGUGGCUUGACAAGUAACAUGGUACGGUUUUUCAAAACCCAAGAUGGAUCAUGGAGCCAUGAGGUAGCAAUCUCAGUGAAACCAUUGAAGGUGCAAAACUGGAUUCUUCCAGAAAUGCCUGGACUUAUAACGGACUUUCUAAUCUCUCUUGAUGAUCGUUUUCUGUAUUUUGCCAACUGGCUUCAUGGAGAUGUCCGACAAUAUAACAUUGAGGACCCUAAAAAUCCAGUCUUGGCUGGCCAAGUAUGGGUUGGAGGGCUGCUUCAAAACGGUAGCCCUGUAAUGGCUGUGACAGAGGAUGGUAAAACGUGGCAAUCCAAUGUUCCUGAGAUCCAGGGACGUCGUCUGAGAGGGGGACCCCAGAUGAUCCAGUUGAGCUUAGAUGGGAAGCGGCUAUAUGUCACCAACUCGCUAUUCAGCACAUGGGAUCGUCAAUUCUAUCCUGAACUUCUAGAGAAGGGUUCCCACAUGCUACAGAUUGAUGUUGACACUGAGAUAGGUGGUCUUAAAAUAAACCCAAACUUUUUUGUUGACUUUGGAGCUGAACCUGAUGGUCCUUCCCUGGCCCAUGAGAUGAGAUAUCCAGGUGGUGACUGCACUUCAGAUAUUUGGAUUUAAGCAUCUGAACCAAUUUAGCUGUGAUGAAUCAUCCUUUAACGUAAUAGGACCAAUAAUAAUAAUCAAUGCAAUUUUUAGAUUUCAGUGAGAACGUUGUUGAGGCAGGUUCAUCUUGGAUGAGAUAAUGUAAUAUCAUCACAUCAAUGUGAAACAAUAAACAGCUGAAAGUAGUCAAUAAAGAGUCCAAAUUGCAUUAAUUACUUCAUGCCAGUGGCAUUUUCAAGGGAACAUGAUUUGUGAAAGUAAUCAUCACAUUAAUUGCUUUUCUAUUGCUCUUAGAGUGCAUGGUAUCUGUGCUUACAGGUUUGUAACUUCCAGAAGAACAGAGUACUACUUUUCUGAUUUCUAGAUCAGUAGUUGCUCAGG